CCGGCAGCGCCCUCCCCGCCGGCCCGGGGGGGGGCGCGGCUGCGGCGGGAGGCGGCGGCAGCGCAGCCGCGCGGAGCGGCGCGGAGGGGCGCGGAGCCGGGCGGCAGGUAAAAGAUGGAAGAAGCAUCGGCCAUGCUUCGCAGCAAACCUCACAUAACCUGCGAUGUGAACUGAAGCAGAAAGCAAAGGCGAGACAAAGCAGCAUCUGACCUUGUCACUGGGGGGCAGAAAACAGCCACUGGCUGCUGCUGGUUUUACUGGUGCUUCAAUCAAGCUCCCUGUGGAAUUGCAGAUAGCUCAGAAAGUGCAAGUUCUUUCCAGGUCCGUGGGGUGAAUAAAAAUUGUUAACCCUUGGCUUGAUUUGUCAUCCUUUGGGGGAGAAAAAAAAAAAAAGUAAUGUCAGACUGGCAAUUAAAUAGUCGUGCUGUUAGACCGAGCGCAACUUGAAGUGGGUUGCUCCGGAGGUGAGAGUGACUCUGGCCAGUAAAGCCAAGAAGCCUGUUCAACUGCAUGUCUACCCGGGAUUCCUUGGAGAGGUGAUCAAGUGAGUAAUAAGACAAAGUGGGAGUUAUAAAGCGGAUGCGAUAGCUUCAGCAGGACUUCUCUUCACUGCCACAUCCGCUCAUUAAAAAGCAACUAACGUUAUUUUGAAAACAGUUUGAGGAAAAAAUGCACUUUGAGCAUCUCUGCAGUUCUUGUGUCUGAUGCAUUAAUCCAGAAAAUCGGUAAUAUAACACAAACGAAGGAGAGGAGCGAAUAUGGUGAAGGCAGCUAAGGAAAUUCAAAUGGAGAGCCCAAGAGAGGCAGAGACUCACAGCACAGGGGCAACGUGCUCCCCCUCGGAGGAACAGGCAGAAAAACCCUCCAUGCUCUGUUUUAAGAAGCGGAAGAAGUCCUGUAAUAAGGGGCUGACCGAGAAGGAUGCGUGCGAAGGAGCCUCGGAGGAGAAAAGCCAAUGCAUCAGCGCUGACCAAGGGGAGGCGAAAGUUUCUACUCAAUCGCGAUCCUCCAAAGGAGCCUGGGCAGCCAUCAAAAACCUCGCAAGACCUCGGAGAAGGCAGAAAUCCUCUUCGCGGAAGAAGGUGCCCUCCGAUUCCCAAGUGCAGCUGGAGAUGGAUGCUGAGGAUGGCUGUGCACAAGGCUUCCCGAAGAAACGGGCGAGCUCUGGGGUGAAGAUGCCCUGUGUACGGUUCUCCAGAGGCAAGAAAAAACCCAGCCCCUCUGAAGCGGUGGAGGAGUCGGAGGACAGUGUUCAAGCAAACGAAGUGAUGGGCAUUUUGAAUAAAGCUAUUGAAGAGCCGGAGGAUUUGGCCCCGACGGACAAGUCUGAAUCCUUCAGCCCGGUCUCUGCGGAGGAGGACCAGGAUACGGCGAAGGAAAGUGCCAGCUCUGUUGGGAAGAGUGAGCCCUUGACAGAGCCCACACCUGAUGCAGAGGAACAUACGGAGCACACCGCUCAGUCGGAGAUAACCGAUUCAGAGACAGUUAGUGAAACAGCCCAGGAAAAACUGCAGGAGGGGAGCCUACCCCAAACCACAGUCCAUGCGGAAGGCGGGGAGGUUGCUCCCGAAGCGCCCGUUUCCAAGGAUCAACCCGACAGCUCCCCUGAAACCACUGAGCUGCAGGAAAUCCCUAAUACCUGCCAAGAGCUGCCUGAAGGGGAUGAAUCAGAAAAGAGCAUAAAUCUUCCUGAGGAGCUCAAAGCCGAAGAAACUGUAAUGGAUUUCAGUCAGUCGGCGUUUAAAGAUGAUGCAAUGAGCGUGCAGGGCUGCUCCAGCCAUCAGGUGACAUUAGAAGCACACACGGGCGCUGGCGUCGGCAUCGUCAUCACCGUCACCGAAGCUGAGGACUCUGACAACACCGACUCUGACCAGGCCUACGAGCCGUCCCCGGUUUUGCACCGAAAUAAGCAAAAAGGGAAUAAAAAAUCAAGCGGGAGCUUUGAUUUUGGUAAAAAAGAGGGCCCCGAGGCUGGCGGUGCUCCCCAGGCAGAGGAGAAGGGUCCGGGCGACCAGGGGCACAGAACUGGGGAGCAGUACGAAUUGCUCCUCAUAGAAACCGCCUCUUCCCUCGUGAAGGCGGCCAUUCAGUCGUCCAUAGAGCAGCUGGUCAACGAAAUGGCCCUGGAACAGAAUAAACACAACAGUUUUCUGUGAUGGCAGCGAUGCCCCCAAAAUAAAAGAGUACAGGGAGUGAUUUAAAGCUCCAUUUGGCCUGGGGGGUGUGUGGAGAGCUCGAAGGGCUCCCAGGGCCGAGGUGUAGUUAAUUCUGCAUGCCCGUUCAGUUGUGUGUUUAUGUGAAAUGGAUCCUGGGACGUGGGGCAGACCCUGCUACAUACAGCGUGUCCCCUGGGGCUGGGGCUUCAGACAGUGCCGUCGACCUCAGCUGCGGAAAAAUGAAGGCGUUGCAGCAACUGUGUUUUCGUUUAUUGGCAUCCGUAUGUCAAGGCCACGUUUCUGCCGUCACCCAUGCCAGGUUUCCUGGCUCUUCGUGCUGUAGAUCUGUGUAUACCGUGGGUUUAGCGAAAGGUCCCGAGAGGCGGUGAGUGCCCGACCCACUGCUGGGCUGGAUUCGGGGCACGUCAGAUGCGGCUGGAGGUUUGCCUUGGGGUUCAGCGAAGACAAGGGAGGGUAAAGUGACUGCAAUGUUGACGUGAAGAUGUCAAUGCCAGACAGGCUCAGGCUGGUAUUUAGUAUUGCAAACAGGUACUCGCUACGUACAGAUGCCAGAAACCGUGGUCACCCCUGCUGUCGCAUUGCAUGAAGCCGGAUGGUUGCAGCGAGCGGUGUUUUUCAUUUGGCCUCUUCCCCUGUCACAAGCAGCCUGUGCAUUUCCAGACACGUUAAAGCACAGCAUCAGCCGCUCGCCUCGCUGACCCCGGGCUGCACGAAUGCCAAGAAAACGACAGCGCUUCAUUUGCCGGGGGGCCGUUCUCGCACCAUUAAGCUCAACGGGCAAAAUUCCCAGCAGCAUCGGCAGCGUGGGCUGGGCGGGAGCGUGCCUGCUGCGGGCAGCCCCUCUCCUUCCUUCACCUUCCCGCGUCCCAGUCACGAUGUCGUGGUGAAGCUGUCCUCGGAUGUAGCAUAUUUUUGAUAUAUGGCAUGUGAUAUAAAUAGCAGUGAGCUGCAUGCGUGUUAGCAGUCAACUAUUGCCUCGGUGUUGACAUAGUUUGGGUAGCUGCGAUGUGGUGCCGGCGCUGGAAUUGCUUUGAUUUGGUCUGAGUGCUGCUGGCGUCCCUGGGUGCUGGCGGCAGCCUGUCCCACACGGCCCCCCCCCUCGCUGC